AUGCAAGUGUAUUUUCAGGAAGCUAUCUUCGAUAACGAUUCCUCAAUGUUGACGUUAAGAGCGAACACGGCUGAAGAUUUGUCACUAUUGCUUCAGAAGGUUGUUUACAUUAACUCAAUGGAGACCCCAACUCCAGGAACUCGUGGUUUCGAUAUUAACACGUCUGUUCGAUGCAGUGAUGAGAAAACGAAGCAGUCCGAUCCAGUGAUCUCAAUCAGUGGCGUAUCGAUUGUGGAUAGUGAUCAACAUCUCGUAAAAACCGGUGCUCCAAUGCUGCCGAAAAUCAAGAUAACGGUCACUCAAAAUGUCAACGAUGAAGAGGUUGAUAAAACCAGUGAAUCAACACUUGACUGGUGCAAGGUGCAUUUGAAACCGUCGCGUGAUAUGGAUUUGGAAUACUUCUCAUCACCAGCCUCGUUGAUCGCCUCGUUGAACAUCUCUUUCGAACACGAUAAACAGGGAAUCCUGUUGAAAGGCAAAGAGAAAGUGAAAGGUUAUCGUGAGAUCCUCUCAAAGAUACAUUACUUCAAUACCCGUGCCGACUCUUAUGCGAAACGAAUCUAUACUGUGCAAUGUGCCAUCGAUGGUGGUCGUGUGACCAGUAACGAACUUCUUGUUACCGUAAGCUAUCCAUUAAUCCGUUUCAGUGAAUCUUCCAGCUUGAAUUUCGAAGUAAUUAUCAUCUCGGCAUCAAAUUUUUACUUUUCACACUUCCCAUAA